AUGGAGCAUAGAGAUGGAUGGGCCGGAGAGGCAGGCGCGGCCGAGAGGAACAGUACGGAGCGCACGCAGGCCGAGAGAGACCGCGUGCGCAUCGAGUUCUACGCCACGUACGACGUCAUGACGGGAGUGCGCAUAGCCGCGACGCUCGGCGGCUUCUUCGCGUUGAUGGUGUUCCUCAUCGUCUACAAGAGCCGGAGCAAAUCGGUGAAGGCGCUGAACGAUCCGAAGCUCGUGGAGUUCGCCGAAGCCGUGGUGGCGGAGGAGGAGGCGGUGGAGGAGGAGCGGCAGCUGACCAUUGCGCUGGAGGAAGCGCUCUCGGAAAGGGCCCGUUCGCGCCCCUCCAUAGGGGAGGAGCCGCCGUGGCCGCGGAGGUCCCGCUUCGCGUCGUACGGCGGCGGCUACGGUAGUUUGUUGACGCCUCCACGUCGUCUGUCGACCCUGCGGGGCGACUCCUUGCCGGGCUCCGCGUUGCGCGUUGCCGAGAGGCGGGCGUCCGCCGCGUGCGCGCGGGACCGCCGCCUCAGUUCGGCCACCUGCUCCAGCUCGGGCAGCAGCUACCUGGAGCGGCGCGGCUCGUCCGUGGUCUGUUCGCUGCCCGACAGGCGGCUAUCGCCGUGUCCCAGCGAGCGUCUGGCCCCCCUCGCGUCUGCGGGCAGCGUGGGCCCCUCGUUCGCCAUGGACGGCGACCUGGCGUCCGUGGGGCCGGACUCGGUUUUCGCGGAGGACGAGGACUCGACCGACGACGAGGUGGAGCAGUUCUCAACGGACAGCGGCGGCGGCGAGUGCACCGAGCUGGCGUGCCGGCCCGCGCCGCCGCGCCGCCACCGCCACCGCUGCGCCUCCGCCUCGCGCGAGACCCUAUUC